CGCCAAUCUCCGUACGGUAGAAAUGGCGUCGAACAAGAGAAAGCAAGAUGAGAAACAUCUCAAAAUGUUACGGGAGAUGGUGGCCCUACCCCACAAUAAACAAUGUUUUGACUGCCACCAGAGGGGCCCGACAUAUGUGGACAUGACGAUAGGAUCGUUCGUCUGCACAUCGUGCAGCGGAAUCCUACGAGGCCUGAACCCACCUCACAGAGUCAAGUCCAUCUCAAUGGCAAGCUUCUCUGUAGAUGAAAUGGAUUUCCUCAAGUGUCAUGGGAAUGAGCUUUGUCGGAAAGUAUUUCUUGGUCUGUACGAUAGCCGAUCGUGGCCAGAGCCGGACUCCAGAGACGAACAAAGGGUACGAGAUUUUAUGGUUCAGAAGUACGAGAACAAACGUUGGUAUGUAGCUCCUACAGAGUCCAUGAAAGAGGAAGCCCGCCGCAUGAACGAAGUGUCAGCCAGUAAACAACCAGCCCAGAAACCACUACGAUCUUUACUUGGGGAGAACGCCACAAAACUUGUCGUCCAGAACAACCAGUCUCCCCAGAUGAAUCGCACAGCACCCGCCAACCCUGGGCCUAUUUCAGCGCCCCCUGGUGCACCACAGCCAGUCCAGGCUCCACAGCCUCCAACAUCGGUGGCCCAGCCCAAGCCACAGCCACAACAAGGGUCAGGAUUUGACCUGCUGGGGGACCUGGGAGGGGAUCCAUUUGCCAGCACCCCUCCAGCUUCUUCGGGAGGUGGCGGCUUUGCAGACUUUUCCAACUUUGGAAGUCAGCCGACUCCAGCAGCCCAGGCCCCUCCUCCCUCAGCAUUUCCUAUGUCUAGUGCUCCUCUUCAGCCAUUGGGCAGUUCGCCAGCAACUGCAACAGCACCUACAGCACCAUCAGCUCCACCCACACAAACACCCCCCAACACCGGCGGCGGUGGAGGUGGUGGUGACAAGUAUGCAGCUCUUGCCGAUCUAGACAGCGUGUUUGGUACAGCCACUACCACUGCAGCACCUGUGAACCCUCCUGCCGGGGGUAACGUGGAGUGGGGGGGCACUACGGUCGCAGGGUCAGGGUCAGCACUCAACUGGGGAGGUCAAGCAACCAGCGUAGGGGGUGGUAAUAUCAACUGGAAUGGCACAACCAGCAGCAGUAGUGGGAGUGCACCUGCUGGGUGGAACAGCCAACCUCAGCCAACCGCUGCCAACAGCACAAGCGGUAUCUUCAGCAAUACAAGUUCCACAACAGCUGCAAACCCAUUCGGAGGAAGUACAGGUACGACACCAACAGCAGGUGCACCGGCCCCAGCGCAGCCCAACCCCUUUGGAGGAGCAGGACAGGGGUUCCAGCAGCAGCAGCCGGUCGGCUUCGGUCAGUUCGGUGGUCAGCCUACUGCACAGCCUGCUGGGGCAGGGUUUGGACAAUUUGGUAUGCAGAAUGGAAGUGGUGCGUUUGGAACGACAACAGGAGGAUUCCCCGGUUUUACACAGUCUGCUCCGGCUGGAGCCAACCCAGGCUUCGGGGCUCAACCUCAGACAGGAUUUACAGCUGCACAGCAGGGAUUCCCCACCCAGCCCCAGGGAUUUACAGGAGGGUGGGGACAGCCCCCUCAACAACCAGCAGGAAACCCUUUCAUGAAUGCGUUAUCCCAACAGCAAGUUCCGCCAAGGGGAAGCUCAACCAAUCCUUUCUUGUGAUGUGACACGGGACAGCUUCUCUGUCGCCACGUUAACCAGAAGCUCCUGUAUUCUUACAUGCAACACAGAUACAGCAUGUGCUGUUUCCAUAGGGAUGGUUGCCUUGGAUGACGGUCAUGUUACCAGUUCUGAUAGUUACCAUGGCAACAGCAAACUGACAGCUGUAGAUCCAGCACUUGGUUGUAACAAUUUUGUUGUGUGUUACCAUGGUAGUGGUUCCAUUCCAAGGGGAUAUAUUCAAGUAUGAUCUGUGACAGUAUGAUUCUUGUGAUAUUGUCACCAUGUUGUCAUGGCGACAGUAGCAGAUGACUUUGGUAUCGGCCAAUAGAUGUGUGAUCUCUUUAUGGUGCGAUUUUACCAAGUGACGAUAUUUUAGUUUCAUUGUGUAUCAGUCAUCCUAGAUCACAUGACUGGAAUACAGAGGUCAUGUGACUUUCUCUACUGCACUUGCUUUAGCUUCCUAGCACAGUGAGAUGUGUAACGUCAUCGGGCAGUGCGUUGAGUAGACAGUGUGUCAAGAUGGCCUGUCAGGUCAUCACCAUCGAACUCAAUUAUCGCUGUGGAUAUUCCAUUUCAGCAUAUUACUGUUUUUCACUAUGUUGCUUAUUCUCAAAGCUAGUUGCUGCCAACGUUGUCAUUCUUGGCUACACCAGCAACUCAACCCAUAAUGCACCAUGUAUGCACAGACUCAGUAUUCCAAGGCAAUGGGUCGCCCACAUCGUAUAUUUAUCACACAGAUAUAUUGUGAUACAUUUGUUUAUGUUAUCAACUAGGAGAUGAAUAUUUAGAGGUUUAACUAUGUCAAGGUCGGUGCAAGGUCAUGGUUGACCCCAUGGUGACCUUGUAUAGUUAAAGGAAUCUCCAUUACAUGUAUAUCAGUUUCUCUAUACAGGAAGGUGUCAUGGUAACAGGGAGAGGAACAUAUGGUCAUAUAUUGUUGAUCCUCGUUACAGCCAAUAGGACAAUAUAUAGCCUUAUUUUCCAGCCAAUAUUUGUAACACUGUGGCCAUGACACCCUGAUACCAUUCAGCAAGGCAAGUUAGAGCUGUUGUCUUAUGGUGUUAUAAUCUUAGCGUUAUAGCUCAUGUGUUGGCCAUAGGACACAGACUUCUACUGAGUUUGUCAAAAACCAUCUCUGACAUGCCAAAGAAUGCAUAUUCAAACUGAACUGAAGGGCCUUCACUCCCUUUGCAUGUAGUUUUGGAAGAGAAUGUGUCCUGAUUUGAUAAGUAGUCAAAACAUUUGAAAGAAGUUGGUAAGCAACACAAUGUUCAAUCUAGAGAAGCAAAUUGACUUAUUGAAAAUUUAGCUCAGUUGAAUCAGCUAUCUCAUGAAUGUUCUUGAGUAGAGGAUACGGCAAUUAAAUAGAUGGCUCGUCAAGUUUCCUUCAUAAAGGAGGGCUGCUCUUUUAUGACAUGUCAGCCCAUGUCCAAUGAGAAUUGGAGACAAAAGGAUAAACAUUGUGUAUCAAACAGCAGAUGAUUUACUUCCAUUUGUGCAGUAAAUGGCUGUAGUACAGCAACGGCCUUCAAACAUCCCUUGCAUUGUAACCUCCAUGUGACCUGAGAGUGUAGGAAGUCAUCUGUGGGAUAGCGCUUGUUUGAAAUUAAGGGAAAUAUUUCAUCAGUAAAUAAAUGUUGCCAGUUUUGAGGGAAACAUUUUAUCCAUUUUAUGAUAAUUUAUGUGGUGAAAUACAAUUAAUUAUUUUUUAUGUCAAACUGUUUGCUUGAUGAAAAAUUUCCCAGAAUAUCUCUCUAGUAACAUGUGAACAUAAGCAAUAACAUGCAUACUAGCCCCUUUUUUUCAUUUGGACGAAUUAGGUUUAGGUGAUAAGGAUGUUGGAGAUAUCCUAGAAAUGGUUGAGUGCUGUCAACACAAACCACCUGCUGGUGGCAGGCAAGAGACAGCAGCAUGAGAAGCAGUUGUAUGACCAGUGUUAUCCCUGUGUUUACUGUCUUCACACAGACAGGUGUUAUUGAUAUUAUACCCUGUUAUACAUGUUUUUGUACAGCCAAUCUGGGCGAUAUUAUUGCCAUCAGCAGCUAUACAGAUAUAGCCUCAUUUAUGACAGGAGAGCACAUGCAGGCAUGCUUAUAUUCCAGUAUAUCAGUGAGACUGGGUAACUUGUUCUGGCAAACUGGGGGAGUUGUUGCACAGAGUUGUAUACCUUUGUCAUUCCAGGAUCCGAUAAUCAUGGGUUUGAAUUUAAGCUUAGUCCUGAUUAUGAGCCUUGGUUUGUCAUCACCAUUAGCAAAAAAUUAAACAGCCUUCAUAUUUAGACAACAAUAAUGUGCUGUUUUUACUUAGUUCACUUUCACAAGACUAAAAUGAUGGCCAAAAUAUUGGUGAGAAUAAAGACUGAUUCUAUUUCUGUCUAA